AUGCCACCUCGAAUUCGACGAAGGAUAACUUCCUCAAAGAGGGAUGAGAUUGAAAAGGAGCAAGAAGAAGAAAGCCAGAAGAUCAUAAGGCCAUUUGAAAAUGUCAACGGUUUCCCCGUGACGUACUCCGCGUCAUCGCAGGCUUCAUCACUACUAAACCAGGCGUUGACCGUCAAGGACACCGGAAUCCUCUAUCUCUCGAUCAUCAAAUCGCGGGCCAGCUAUCUACGGCUCUGUCCCAUGUUCCAGUUGUACUGGGUCAAGCAGUCGAGCUAUAUCAAGAAGCUUUUGGAGCAAGAUAAGCCGAUCCCGACGCAUUUAAAGAAGGAUGAUCUUUACGCGGGGCGCUCGUGUGUAUUGAAUAAUGAUGUCAAUGCUCGCGAUAUCAUGGUGAAGUUGAUUGAAUGCGGUCUCACUAUCGGAGUACAUUUGUUCGAGAUCCGCGUUUUCAUCGCUAAGGAUGACCGGAGUGAUACUAAGGAGGAGAAGAUUCGGAACAAGCAGGAACGACUCGAAAAGCGAGCCCAGAAGGAGAAAGAGAAGCAAGAACGGAAAAUGAAGCGGGAGCAAGAUGCUCGAGAUAGGGAAGAGAGGAAACGGAUCAAGGAGAUGGAAAAGAGAGAAAUUGCCAUGAGUAAAGCCAACGCUGAGGCGAGCAAGCUGCAGAAUAGUACAAAAAAGAAGAAGAGUAAGAAGGAUAAAGAUGCUUCUAGUCCGCAACAAGUGUCGUUAGAAGCGGAGCCACUGAAGCCGAAACCGAAACCGAACCCAAAGAGUGUGAAGCUGCCGAAAGCUGACGACAUGCAAAGUCCCGAAAACAGAUUGAUGAUUGAUAAUUUGAAUUAUCUUGCACGUCUCGAUAGUUCGUUGAAUGAGUUGAUGAAUAGAGUCGCUAAUGGGCAAGCGGGACCGUUGGAGAUUGUUCUUUUCCAGAAGUAUAUUCAAAAGGCAAAAGUAUUGGGACACCCUCCUCAUGCGGAUGAAGAAGUUAUUGAGUUUCUCACUUUGGUGAAGACUCCUGGUUAUGAAAUGGAAACGGAGGUGGAAAAGACAGUGGGGGAAAAACAGGGGGAAAAAGAGCACGAGCAGGAGGAAAAGAAAGAACAGGAGAAAGAGCAGGAGCAAGAGGAGGAGAAAGAGGAGGAGGAAACGGAAGAGAAAAACGAGGAGGAGAAACAGGAGGAGGAAAAGACGGAGAAGAAACAGGAUGAGGAAAUGGAAGAGAAACAGGAGGAAGAGUUGGAAAAGAAGGAGGAGGAAGAAGUGGGAAAAAAAGAAGAGGAAAUGGAAAAGACAGAGGAAAUGGAAAAGACAGAGGAAAUGGAAAAGACAGAGGAAAUAGGAGAUAAACAGAAGGAAGAAAUAGAAAAGACAGAGGAGGAGGAAGAGAAGCAAGAGGAGGAGGAAGAGAAGCAAGAGGAGAAAGAAGGGGAGGGGGAGGGGGAACACGAAGAAAUAGAAACGACAGAUGAGGAGGAGAAGAAACACGAGGAGGAACUAGAAAAGUCAGAGGAAAUGGCUGAGAAACAGGAGGAUGAAAAGAAGGAGGAGAAAGAAGAGGAACCUCUAAAAAGCACUGGCGAGAAUAUCGUUUCGUCGCCGGUGGCAAAUGAUCAAGGUGGGCCUUCUAUCCUGAUUGAGACCGCUGACAGCGUAAAAGAAGGAAGCAAAUCCGCUGCUGGCGAAAAACAGUCGAAAAAGCUGAAACUGGUUUCCGGGGAGAUUCCCAAGGACCAGAAAUUGACGGCAUUUCAGGAAAAGUAUCUGGUGAAUGCCACUAUUUUGUUUGAGUUUUUGGAAAAUGUCAAUGUACGUUUUCAAUUCCCCAAAUUUGCAAUAUGUGAGCUUAUGGAGCCAUCGACUUUGAUCAAUGCUGAAAAUAAUGACAAUUCUAAUAAUCAAGAUAUCUUGGUGAGCUUCUUGUGGGUGCACAACCAGGGCAAGAUGGAUGAAUAUGAGGCUGCUCUAAAAGAGUACCACGAAAAGGUCAGAUUACAGGAAGAAGAAGAACAACAAAAAGAAGAAGAAGAAAAAAAGGCCAAAACAACAGCUGAGAAGGAGGAGGGAGCUGAGAAGGAAGAAGAAGAAGGAGCCGAAGAGAAUAUAUCAUCAGCUGUUGUUAAGAAAGAGGCGGAUGCGUCGAACCAGGCUGAGAGUGUCGACGUUGUGAACUCGAAGGAAACAGAGGAAGAGUCGCAACCUGAACAGCAAACAGAAUCAGCUGCUAGUGAAGACCCGCAACCUGAGGAGCCGGAGGACACGGUAGAGGCGCAGAUUGGCUCUGCGGUGGAAACGUCCUCAAUUCCAGCAAAGAGACGUGCUCCGCCGCCACGUCGAGGCAAGAAAAAGAGAAAAGGCCCUGUUCCUAGAAAAGCUGCAGCCCCCAAACCACUUGCACCUCCAGAAGAGCCAAGUUACCUCUACUCGAGUCUUUCCUUCACCAUCCAUGGAGUUCCCAAGAAAUUCGUUCCAAUAUUCGUCAACAGUGUUCACCCAGUAGAAGAAGUUCAAGCGAAGAUGCAGCAUAUCAUGAAAGUUGGCACACGGCUAGCUCCGUAUCAAUUGUGGUAUCAAGUGGAUGGCAAACUUGAUGAAGAGUUGGCUGAAAAGACCAGGGUUGAGUUGAAGGCGGAAGAGAAGAAGAUGGCUGGAAUACCGCUGGAGAAACCUGAGCCAAAAAAAUAUCCAAAGAAGAAGAAACCAAAGGAUGAUGGGGCCGGAAGUGGGACUGGGAAAGACAUCAAGGCUCUGGAAAAUAAAGGAACUGAGGUCAAGGUAGAAGAUACUGGCGUUGCUAUCAGCGUGCAAGCUGAAGAUUCAAUGGAGGUUGAUGAAGAUGUCCCGGUGGUGACUGAAGCUGGAACUGAGAUAAAAGAAGAGAAAACCGAAGAUGAAACUGCCGACGACAUUCUAGUAGAAGUGGAUGGCAAUGCAGCAGAGUCAGUCGAGGAUUCGAAUGACGGAGAAGAAAAGAAGCAGGAGGAAAUGGAAGUGGAAGUUGAAGCGGAAGUUGAAGCGGAAGUUGAAGCAACAGAGAUGGAUACACUGACAUAA